GUUUGGCAUAUGCUUCGGCGCAACGGGAACAAACAAAAUAAACCAAACCAGCAACAAGUGUGAGCAACAAACGUAUCUACCUAAUUACCUUAAAUUCAAUAAGGUUCCGAUUACUUGAUAACGAACAGCAACGAAUUGCAGACGUGUUAACACGAUGUCGAUUGCUACGUACGAAGAGGUGCUAGAUUUGCCCAAUCAUCCGGAGAAGCUGCUGAUCGAUGUGCGCAAUCCCGACGAGCUUUCCGAGACGGGCAAAAUUCCCACCAGUAUCAACAUUCCUCUGGAUAAAGUAAAACAGGCGUUCGGACCCGAAACUACCGAGGAAGCGUUUGCGCAAAUGUACGGUGUGCCCAAACCGGGUUUGGAUCACUAUCUUAUUCUAUCCUGUCGCACGGGUCGUCGAAGUCAGAUGGCUCUCGAAGCGAUUGCGGAACUUGGCUAUCGAAACGCUCGUAACUACAAGGGAUCUUGGACGGAGUGGGCCGCAAAACAGGGCAAGUGAUAUGAAUAGCUCAAUCCCAACACGAGAUUGCGAACAAAACAUUCCCAGUUAACAGUUGAUGGCUUAAUAAAUCCCAAUCUCAACUAUA